AUGGCAGGCGUCGCUCUUUGUUUACUAGUGACGCACGAGGCGGAGCUCAAUGCAAUCUAUAAAGUGCGGAGUCGUUUACCUUCCGUGCGGCGAGACAGCCGCCAUGUGCGUAGAUGCGUGAGCGCAGAGGCAUGCGCCGGCCGGCAGAGAGGCGGUGCCCGCGGCGGCGCGCGGACGAUGGCGCGCUGGCUGUGGGCAGUGACGCUCCUCGCAGCUCUCGCGGCCGUCGACGCGUGGAGGCCGCCCUCGCAACCCGUCCUGAUUCCCAUCACACCCUCACGAAUUCGGUCACCCCGCUACGCACGUGGUGCCACUCGACAUUUACACAUACUAGGGUGGCAACUCGCACUACAAGAGAAUCACGCCAUUCGUUCACCUUACUACAACGAGUGUCAAUUUUACAAGGGUAGAGUGCUUUACGAAGAAGGAUCUUCUGUGACCGUGACGGAAUGUGAGGGGCAGCUGUACGGUUUGUUGCAAGUAGGAGGCGAGGAGUUCGUACUUCAACCGACAACACACGAACACGACGUACUGCAGCCGGACAGUGGCCAUGUGUUGCGGCGUCGUGACGUGCUGCUGUCCGAGCAGCCAGCGGCUUACAACCUCACCGGCGACACGGUCACUGACCUUGACAUUGACUUUGACGAUCACGAGCCGAUAUCCGUAAUGCACGUACAUCCUCGACACAGUGACCAUUCAGAUGUUGAUUAUUUCCGGAAUAUAGUUCCAAUUUCAAGACCUAUUUCAGGCGUCAAAGGAUUAUGGCUCGAAUUAGCAAUAGUCGCAGAUCAUACAAUGCUAAAAUUCCACGGCCGAGAAAGAGUGAAACAUUAUAUCUUAGCUUUAAUGAACAUAGUCAGUGCCAUCUUCAACGACCACUCCCUCGAAUCAAACAUGACGCUCGUUAUCAACAAAUUGUUUCUGUACGAGGAAAAGGACUUAGUAAUAAAAUAUGGCAAUGUUAAAAAAUCACUUGAAGCUGUCAACAAAUGGAAUUAUAGACACUUAAUGAAGCUGCCUCCAGAUAGUACUGGAUGGGACGCAACAGUGUGGUUAACUCGGGCGCAGCUCGGAGGACCUUCGGGAUUUGCCCCCGUUGGAGGGGUCUGCACGAAGACGCGUUCUGCUGCCAUCGACAGAGAUGAAGGCUUAACCAGCGCCUUUGUUAUAGCCCAUGAAUUGGGCCACCUGUUGGGUUUGACCCAUGAUGGUGACGAGCAAUGCGGGGCUGAUGGAGCCCGAGGGUCGGUGAUGGCGCCAACUGUUCUUGCUACACUACAUAACUAUGCCUGGUCUUCGUGCUCCAAGCAACAAUUCCAUGACAAAUCAAAGAAAUGGUGGUGUCUUCACGAGCGCAGUCGCGAUGAGGGCGUCGAGCUCGGGGGCGCUAAGGAGCUCUCGAAUUACGUGUUCACUAUGGACGAGCAGUGUCGCACCGAGUUCGGGGAAGGGUUCUCGGUGUGCAAAUCGGUGAAGGUGAGAUCUGCUUGUGCGCGGCUGUGGUGCGCACACCGCUCCAUGCCGCACGUGUGUCGCUCCAAGCGCGCUCCGCCCUUGGAAGGAACACCAUGUGGCGUGAAUCAGUGGUGCGUCGACCGCAUUUGUGAGCCGAUGCCAGGACACAAUUUAGAAAGUAAGAAGCCUGAAAACGAAGAGAAACAGAAGGCGCCUGAGUGGGGAGAGUGGGGGCCGUGGAGCAAAUGUAACGCUGAGUGUGGAUACGGCCUGCGCACACGGUUCCGACGAUGUGAGGGUUCAACGUCAGAAAGCGACUGCGAGGGCGCGGGGUCUCAGGUAGCGACGUGCUGGGCGGGCGCGGCGUGCGGCUCGCCGCGGGACGCGCGCGCCGACGUUUGUGUCCGGCAGGCCGCGCACCUCAUACCGCAUCUACACCGCGACGAAUCAAAGCACUGUGAAAUAUGGUGCUUAGAUUACGCAGGAGGGGAACCAAUGAGCUUUGGACCGCUCCCGGACGGGACCCCUUGUAGCUACGAUCGGCCUUACGAUAUUUGCUAUCAGGGCACCUGCGUUAAGGGCCAGUGCAAUGCAACAGAUACGUCUUGCGAGUUUUGUCCAGACGGUUACUGCAACAACAAUACACAUGUAUACACGAGACAACUUGGAAAAGGGUGGACGCGACUCACCGUAAUUCCGCAUGAAGCAAAUCAGCUCUCUGUACAUAUCGGAACACCGAUCGCAUUAAACGUGGCCAUCCGAGAACGUCGCCGGGACAGACCCAUCCUCGAACUUGCCAAACAUUCUAGAAGAUUUGAAUUGGACGAUAGACAGGAUAACUACCUGAAAUACGAUCCGAAUGUCCCGCAGAACCUUCAAAUUAUAGAAGUGGACAGUAAUGUUAUAGAUAUUAAGGAGGGGGAGAAGUUCGGGUGGGAGGGGGAGGUGGUGGCUGCUGGGAGCUUACUGCGCUGGCGGCAAACUGAGUCCGAUGUAUUCAUUACUUCGACUUCGAAGCUUCAGACUGAUUUAAUGAUUAUGGCUGUACCAGACCAUCCUGUCCCGUUGGAAGAGUUGGUCGCAGUUGAGGUGGCCGUCAACUACAGCACACCCGCUGGACGCACGAGGCCUAUGGAGUACAGGUGGUCAAGUGACCGCGGCCCGUGCUCGGUGUCGUGCGGCGGCGGAGUCCGCGCCGUGAGGCCGAGCUGUCCGCGGAACCAGCGCUGUGGACCCGCUCGCUACGAACGAUGCAAUUCUCACAGUUGCGAGUUCUCGUGGGCGGAGGGUGAGUGGGAGGAAUGCAGCGCCACGUGCGGCGCGGCGGGCGUGCGCGAGCGGCAGCUGUUCUGUGUGCCCGCGAACAUGAGCAUAACAACAAGAAGAGAGCUGAUACGGCGUAGCGUCUCGCACGCCCUUUGUCCUCCAACAAAACCGGACAAAACAGAGCCUUGUAAUCGAAUACCCUGUCCCGUUUAUUGGCAAGAGAUGCCGUGGACUCAGUGUUCGACGACAUGCGGUCGAGGCGUGUCCCACAGGCCGCUAGUCUGCCCAGCAACAGACGAGUCGCUCUGCGGCCCGAAGCCCCGGGAGCGCCGGCGCAGGUGUCGUCUCCGUCGCUGCCCCAAGCCCCCCGACUGUCCCGCUAAAGACGCCACACAGUACUGCGAGCUUUUUACCAAGGACCAGCUCGAGAGAAACUGUGCCGUUCCACCGUUUAAGAAAUAUUGUUGCAACGCCUGUCUCUCUGUCGGAAACGUUGAUGGAUUGUCUUUGUCGUAAUAAAUAGCCGUUUGUUGUUCCUACAAAUGAUCUGAACGUGCAACUACUAACGCGACUGCUUCUAGCUAUUGAAUAGUUCUGAACAAGAUUUUAUAAAGAUUGAUGUGUUGUGUGCAAGUAUUCGUAGUGCAAAAAUGUAUGUUUUAUAUUUUUUUCUAAUCUCAUAAUUUUUUUUUUCUUUAAAUCUACAAAAGUUUUAUUAUAAUUAUUAUAACUACAGUAGUACAUCGAAGCCACGCAUUACUUAAUUUAAACCAAACGAAAUAUAUUAAAAUAUUUCAGAACGAAAAGACAACGAAUCAUCAACUCAACGAAUAGAACUAUAUUAACACUCUCACGCUGAAGUUUUUAAGGCUUUUAACCCCUUACACGUUUACCUUCAAACAAGUCAGCGUGUCAACCCGUUAACAAAAUGGACUAAGUAAUCACUCAACUCAAAACCACUCCAUUAGGCUCUCGCUUAUAAAUAUAUUUAAACAUUUUGACAAUCCAUGCGUUAAUAAAGAGAAUAAACAGACUUAUAAACGAAACGAAAAUUCGUAUCAUACUGGCUCACAAUGACCUAUAAUUUCAGGUCGUUAGCGCAAAAAUAUUCAUGUAUUGUAUUUUAAUAUCAUAAUUUUAUUAUACAAAAAAAGAUGAAUAGAAAAUAAUAUCUUUGUUAGAAUCAGUAUUUCGUUGCUGUUGUUUAGUAUUAAUUGUAAGUAGAAUAAGGUUUAAGGUAUAUUUACAGAAUAGGAAAGAAGUGCCAUAAUGUAUACCACUUCAACGUAUUAAAUAAAGUAAUUAGUAAUAA